GCUAGGUAUUCCCAGGGCACAGACACUUUUUAGUUCUUUAUAGUUGUUAAACUUUAUUACAAGGAUAUUUAUUUAUAACUUUUUAUAUCUAUAUAAUUUAUUGAAUCUAUUUAUAUAUUAAUUUUUUUAUCCUAGAAAUAUAAUUUUACAACAUUCUGCUGAAUUUAUUAAAUAUAUUUUUGCACCAUUAUUUAUUAUGGACAACUACAUAAAUGUAAUGAUUAGACAGCAUUUUUCUUCAAAGCGAGGAUUUUUAGUCAAGGGUCUUUUUCUCAUUGCAUUGGCUUUUAGUAGCUCUAAAAGGGCACUAGCUAGUCCUAUUAGAGACAACAGCCCAAUUCUCGGCUUUGCAGACCAGGUACGACUAAGACAUCUUUAUGCAGAUAAUGAGCACACACAUCUACAUCUUCAGAUCACCCCUGAAGGAAAAGUGAGUGGCACCAAGGAGAAGAACUUAUACAGUCUGCUGGAAAUAAAAGCAGUAAAACCAAGCAUUUUGGUGAUUAAAGGCGUGAAAACUACUCGUUAUCUUUGCAUGGAUUCCAGGCAUCACUUGUAUGGAUCUCUGUUUUAUAAAGAAGAUGAUUGCAAUUUCCGUGAAGUUCCACAAGCAGAUGGAUACAACUUGUAUUAUUCAGAAAAGCAUCCAGCUCAGCUCACCCUUACUCCAUCCAGAGGAGGACACCAAUUUGGCAAACAGCUGGUCCGUUUCAUGCCACUUGAAAGCUCUAUUCCCCUGGAAUCCUUAUAUGCAAUAGAUAAUUCUUAUGAUUACCAGCCUGGGAGCAACUUACACAUAGAAGAUCCUUUAGGCAUGAUAGACAGGUCCAGCAUCUUCAGUCCAAGCCUGGAUUCCUAGUCAGUAGAGACUUGUGUAUUGCCUACAUCAUAAAUAAGGUUUCUCCAUUAACCUUAAUUCACUAAAGAGCAAUGCUCAAGAAUGUUCCCAGAACUCAAGGCAAGAGAAAAUAGAGAACCAUAUUCUAAAGAAAAGUGAAAACUGACAACUUACACACAAGAGACAGUUAUGUACAGCUUUUAUUACUGUUUAUGCCUAGUGAUGUGUCCAACAAUAAUCAAGAUGAAUAUCAAAACUGCCUCCAGGAUCAGUUGUUAUUUGGGGAGAUACCCAUUAAACGCAAGCUUGAGACUGGUGAAACAAGCAUGAUUUAGAAUAUGAAACAAAUAACGUUAUCCUGCUGUCAUGUGAAAUUUUAUGUUAUUUUUCAUUAUAUUUAUGUAAAUAUAAGACCUGCAAAUUUUACAAGACAUUAGUCUUGCUAUUCACAGUUAAAUGCUGUGGGGUACAUUUAUGACUUUGUAGCUUUCGCCCACAUCCUUGCCACUUUUUCAUGAAGUGGGCAAGGUGUUGGCAAGAGGAAGAGGACCGCAGGCAGGUCCUCCGCAGGCUGAAUCAUUUUGCGCUUGAAAACUGGUGCACAUUAAACCAGAAAUGUGCACCUCUUAAUAAAUUGGUUGAAUGUUCUUCCAGCGGGGCAUAGCAUAGCUUAUGACCCCCACUGUCUUAAACAUGUGUGAACUGUAAGGACAUAUUCACAUGUAGCAGAUUCGUUGCAGAUAUUUAUGUUUCAUUCAUUUCAUUGGAGCUUGUAGAAAUCAAUGCACAUGUUUCAGAAACAAUCCUGUUCAGAUGCAUAAAAAAAUCUGCCACAUGUGAACAUGCAUCAUGAACUGACAUGGCCAGUGUGUGGAUAUCUUUUAUAUGCUCUAUAUGUUAAGGAUUUUUUUUGUAUUUAUUGUGUACAGUCUGUCAGUACUGUAAUACCAUGACUUUCUACUGACUUUA